AAAACACAGUCCACCUGGAGGCAGCUUUGACCCACAGCUGGGGCAGGGCUACUGCUAGACCUCCAGCAGCAUCUGGGAUGUCUACCAGCCCAGCAUGAGCCGCGGGGUGGCGCGGGGAGGACCAAAGUCGCUGGCUGGGAUACUGCGUGACAGAACAGAGUGUUCUGAACGUCCACGCAAAGUGGAAGAGCCUUAAACUGAAGGUGCUGUGUAUUAUUUACACUGAAGAAGCUCCUGAGUGGACAGGAAAGCGCUGACAGGUCAAAUGGACCCCAUGGAACUGAGACAUGUCAACAUCGAGCCUGACGAAGAGAGCAGCAGUGGAGAAAGUAUUCAAGACAGCUACACAAGAAUGGGGAGCUCUGAAAAGGCAGCCAUGAGCAGUCAAUUUGCUAACGAAGAUGCCGAAAGUCAGAGGUUCCUAACAAAUGGAUUUUUGGGGAAGAAGAAGCUGGCCGAUUACACGGAUGAACACCACCCCGGAACGACUUCCUUCGGAAUGUCCUCAUUCAACCUGAGUAAUGCCAUCAUGGGCAGUGGGAUCUUGGGCUUGUCCUAUGCCAUGGCCAACACAGGGAUUGUCCUCUUUGUGAUCAUGUUGCUUACUGUGGCCAUUUUAUCGCUCUAUUCCGUUCACCUUCUAUUAAAGACAGCCAAGGAAGGAGGGUCUUUGAUUUAUGAAAAGUUAGGGGAAAAGGCAUUUGGAUGGCCUGGGAAAAUUGGAGCCUUUGUCUCUAUUACAAUGCAGAAUAUUGGAGCAAUGUCAAGCUACCUCUUCAUCAUUAAAUAUGAACUACCUGAAGUAAUCAGGGCAUUCAUGGGACUUGAAGAAAACACUGGGGAAUGGUACCUCAAUGGCAACUACCUCGUCAUAUUUGUGUCUGUGGGAGUUAUCCUUCCACUCUCUCUCCUUAAAAAUUUAGGUUACCUUGGCUAUACCAGUGGAUUUUCCCUGACGUGCAUGGUGUUUUUUGUCAGCGUGGUGAUUUACAAAAAAUUUGAAAUACCCUGCCCUCUGCCUGUCCUGGAUCACAAUGUUGGAAAUCUGACGUUCAAUAACACACUUCCAAUGCACGUGAUUAUGUUAGCCAAUAACUCAGAGGGCACUGACGUCAACUUCAUGAUGGAUUACACUCACCGAAACCCUGCAGGGCUGGAUGAGAACCAGGCCACCGGCCCUCUUCACAGCGGUGGAGUGGAGUACGAAGCCCACAGUGGUGACAAGUGUCAGCCCAAAUACUUUGUUUUCAAUUCCCGGACCGCCUAUGCAAUCCCAAUCCUAGCAUUCGCUUUUGUCUGCCACCCCGAGGUCCUACCCAUCUACAGUGAACUUAAAGAUCGGUCCCGGAGAAAGAUGCAGACAGUGUCCAAUAUUUCCAUCACAGGGAUGCUCAUCAUGUACCUGCUUGCCGCUCUCUUUGGCUACCUAACUUUCUAUGGGGAAGUUGAAGAUGAAUUACUCCAUGCUUACAGCAGAGUCUACACAUUUGACACCCCUCUGAUCAUGGUACGCGUGGCCGUCCUGGUGGCAGUGACGCUAACUGUGCCCAUUGUCCUCUUCCCAAUCCGGACCUCCGUGAUCACGCUGCUGUUCCCCAGACGACCCUUCAGCUGGGUGAAGCACUUCCUGAUCGCCGCAGUGAUCAUUGCUCUCAACAACGUCCUUGUCAUCCUUGUGCCCACCAUCAAAUACAUCUUUGGAUUCAUAGGGGCUUCAUCUGCCACCAUGCUGAUUUUCAUUCUUCCGGCGGCUUUUUAUCUCAAACUUGUCAAGAAAGAACCUCUGAGAUCACCCCAAAAGGUUGGGGCUUUGGUCUUCCUCGUGACUGGAAUCAUCUUCAUGAUGGGAAGCAUGGCGCUCAUUAUCAUCGACUGGAUUUACAACCCUCCAAAUCCCAAGCACCACUAAUCCCGAGGAAAAACUUUCCAUCAGAAAUGGCUGAAGUUAUGCUCCAGAGGACAUCCAAGUGGCCCUGACGGGGAUGUCAUUGAGAGGAAACAACGAGAAGAUUCCAAGGACACAUCCUAGUUCCAUUGCCUGAGACCUGUGAAGGAGAAAAUUAUGGGUUUGGUCGGGAAUGGCGAAUGAUGCAUUAAAAAAAUCUGUGGCACACAUUUCAACCCAGGCCUUCUAGUGCGGUGUGUGAUGCCCGAGGUGUGUUUUGCAGAUGUGCAAGCAGAAUCCACUUGACUGUGUAUCUUGGUCGGCAAAUAAUACCAUGUCCCCAUUGCUCACUCCCCACACUUCACCACCCCAGAUUAACAAAUAAUUGUAUUCUCAACAUCAAGCAAAAAUGCCCCAGUGGCAAAGCCAUCAGCACGUAAGGACAUCUCCCAUCCUGCAGCAACACUAAGAGUCUACUGACUGACGGAGGCAGGUGUGUAUCUAGGGAACGGUCCCUAUGAGAUUCACGAAUGGCAGAUACCAGUCUAGAGUACUUUGUUUCGAUUCUAAAGAGUAGUUUGCCCAGUCUUCUUAUUUCACUGAAUUAGCGUCAUUGGUUUUUAUGGGAAAUGCCAAAACAGCUCACUAAGCGGGUGGUGGAGGUGGUAUUUAAUUAUCAAGCAGUAACGAUGAAAUGAUGUUUUUAGCUAAGCCGCCUAGUGAGCCAGCACCUGCUUUCUCAUGUCAUUCCUGGGAUUUUUGUCACACUUUUGUCCUUGAACAAGGCUUUCCCUCUUGUCUUCCAUUCUCAUGCAUAAUUUUCAGAAGACCAUAAUUCAAGUGGAAACACACUACCCAGUAUUGUUUGAUACAUUUUUAUUUGAUAAACAUUCAGUGCAGGAAACUGUAAUUUUGCUCUAUGUUUGUGUAUAUAAUCUCAUUCUGCGGUUAUCAGAAUGUUGACUUAUGGUACAUUGCAUUUUUAUUUUUUACAUGUGUAGCUUUCUUUCUUCACAGUCAAAACACUUUUAUUAUCGGGUUGGGGCAGAGGAUUAAGCUAGUGGGCUCAAAAAAUCCAUGUGUAUGUAUCCGUCCAUUGGAGACAUCUAAAAAUUAAAACCAAAGUUGUACAUAGUUCGGUAUUGCUCUUCACUGUUUACAACACUAUAAACAUCCAUAGGAAGGUAGCAAAGGAAGGGGCUCCUCGUUUGUAAAUAAUUUCCAGGGCUAGCAUUGAUCUUUGAGUUUAGCAUGUCUAGAACAGGGCUCUGCUCCUUGGAAUUUGCAUGGGAAUUUGCUGACAUUCAUCUGUUAUUAAUAUAAUGUCAAGUGGCUAUAAAUAAAUGCACUAGCAUGGCAUGGAAACAGAGGUGGCCAUUCUUGUUCACAUCCAUAGACGCUUACAUGGGUUGGAGAUCAGCUGCUACUCACUGCCCAGAAGUUUUGGCAUUCGCUACUAUUUUUAUUCAAUUAUUUGUUGUGUACUUUGCAUUUCAGUAAAGCCAAGUAUGAAAUAUAUGUACCAUACAGAUAAUGAACAUACUGUCAUACUAAAACAGUUUUUCUGUAGUGUGCCUAAAAAUAUAUAUAUAUAUUUGCUUCAUGUAUCACUUUCUGGAGUUAUAAUACUAUAAAAUGGUGUGCUUUGUGACAGAAAACGAGCAUUACUAGAAACUAUCAUAAUUUUUAAGUUAUGAUUUGGGAGGAAAAAAAUCAUCAAAUAACACCUUUAAGAUGUCUCUCCAUUUUUGUUCACCCAACAAAUAAACCAAGACAGAAAGUAGAAAAAGGUAUGUAUGUUUAGUCUGAACAUAUUUAAAUGUAAAUAUAAAAGACUAAUCCAAAACUAUUGGAGAACUGUAAAAUCUGUAUAUAUUUUGAGUAUUUUGCAUUGAGGAUGACUAACUUGAAAGUAUCCGUAUUUGUAAUUAUAUAAAUAUUCAAGAGCAAUACAACAGUGCCAAAGACUACCCACAGUGCCGUUCUGUCGCAUGGCAGUUUUCAGGGUUCGGGUUUGCACAAGCUGCAGGGCAGAUUUGCACAGUGCCUUGUCAUGGGUACCUUGUCUUGGGUACCUCGUCCUGGGUACCUCGUCCUGGGUACCUUGUUCUGGGUGCCUUGUUUUGGCAAAUUUAACCCAUUUGGAAACAGAUAUAAAUUUUAUUUUCUUAUAUCAUUUAUAAGGUGGUUCGAUGUACUGGGAAGAUUUUUUUUAUUACAGAGACUGUAUAUUGGUAUAUAAUAAAUGACCUUUUCAAAUGA